AUUAUAAACAAGGGUAGUAGCGAAUUAGAAGAUGGCAAGAAACGAAUGAAUCGCGUGCUAAUGCAAACGAAGCUAAUCGAGCAUAAUUCGCGACGACCGUGUAACUCUCGGUAUUGUCGACGUCCUCGAGUUUUCGGUGACGAUAUAUUGUCAAUCUUAACGAUAAUGUGAGAAGCUAGAGCGAAGCUGAAAGGGGGGUAAGAGUUCGGCGAACGGAACGGCCAAAAACUCUUGCAGGCGAUGUCAAACAUGCGGCGACGAAUUUCGCAGAAAAGUCUACCAAACCGACGGCGUAUUUCGGCCAAGAUUUGUCAGUGAAACUAGUGCCAAUGAGUGUGAAUAUAUGGCGGCGCGAGUACUUUUACUGAGCAUCUUGUUUACAGAAGUGCUAAAGCCCGCUUAUGCCGCAGGUGUCAAAGAAAUUGGAACUGGUCUAUAUAACAAAAACGUGUCAAAAUCAGAAAGUUUCAACAUUAGUCCAAUCAAAAGUUCUGGCAUAACAUUAGAAAUUCAACCUAGUGGUCAUGUGAUAUUAGGAAAAAAAGGAGUUACACUUACUUGUAUAACUGGACCAAAUCAAAAUAUUUCUUGGUUACACAAUGGAAUACCUGCACCACCAUGUGGUAUUGCACGUUGUACUAUUCUCAAGAAUGGUUCUCUUCACUUACAUAAGAUGGUGCAAAAGUUUAAAGAAAAAAACUCUACUACAGUUAACUUUAAAGAUUAUUACAAAGAUGAAUAUCGUUGUGUAACACGUACUAAUUUAGGGCUUCUAAGAUCAUCUCCUACAUUUAUUCACAUAGCAGAACUUGCCCAUGUAUUUAAAAAGUCACCAGAAAAUAUAACUGUACAAGAAGGUGAAAUUGCAAGAUUAUCUUGUUUAAUAGAUAGUGUUCCUUUUCCUCCUAAUAUCACAUGGCAGCAUAAUGAAAAAAUAUUGUUGCCCAAUCAGAGUAAUUUAAAUAGUAAGUAUAUAAUGGUACCACCAGGUGUUCUGUAUAUAAAAGCAACGAAGUUAUCAGAUGCUGGUUCAUAUAGAUGCAUAGUAAAUAAUGAAUUCCUAAAGAAAACCAAAAAAAGUAAGGAAGCAAAAUUAACUGUUAUUUCACGACCAGAGGGUAAUGGAUCACAUAUACCACCAUUGUUAUUUCCACAAAUUUCAUACAAUCAUUGGUUGUUAAAUGGAUCGAAUCUUAGUUUAGUAUGUGCUGCAUCUGGAUAUCCACCACCACUUAUGAUGUGGUCAUUUAUUCCUCGCUAUACUGGUAAUCAUAAUGUUGCACAACCUCGCAUUUUGCUUAAUUCUAGUAUUGGUAUUAAUAUAUUGUCACUAGUAAAUGUGAGUACAUCUGAUGCAGGAGUUUAUGUAUGUUCUGUAAAGAACUUUGUUACAAAUAAUGUGAAGAUUCAAAAUGUAACAGUGGAUAUAUUAAUACCACCAUCAUUUGUGAAGAUACCUACAAAUCAAGUAUGUCCAAAUGGGAGAACCGCAAGAUUUGAAUGUCAAGCACAAGGGUUACCUGUGCCUAAAAUAUAUUGGUUAAAAGAUUCAUUGAAUAUAACAAUUAAUGGACGUAGGACUAUAUAUACAAAAGAAUUUAAUAAGAUGGAACUUGCAAUAUCAGCAACAGUUCCAUCUGAUUCUGGUAUUUAUCAAUGUGUUGCUGUAAAUUCUGUGGGAGAAAUUUGGGCCGCAGGUCGGCUUCAAGUAAACACAUCUCGUAAUAGUCCUGCUGCACCUACCUCUUUGAAAUGUCGUGCUCUGUCACCCGUUAAAAUUUUUAUUUCCUGGGAACCACCAAAGUCUCUAUCACAUAGCAGUAUUACAGCUUAUACCGUCCAUUAUAGUCCCGUAGAAGGAGGCAAAGAAGAAGUUUCUCCACCUGAACCGGGUAAUUCUACGUCAGUAGAAGUGACGAAGCUUCUUGAACCAUAUACUAAUUAUUCCUUCUACAUACGAGUGUGGAACAAUUAUGGUCCUAGCGAUCAAUCAGCCACCAUUUUGUGUUCUACAGACCCAAGUGUUCCUAAAGGUGCACCAAAAGUAAACGCGAAUAUACUUAGUAGUACAAAGUUAAAUGUAUCAUGGGAGCCAUUACCUAAAAAGGAGUCUCGUGGUGUUGUGGUACAAUAUAAAUUACAGUUGAGACUGCAUGAACAUCCAUCUUCUCGGGUUCUUCACUUACCCGCUGACGUGGAUUCUUAUGUAUUUUCUGAUUUAAUACCUGGAGCACAAUACGACCUACGAGUACUAGCCAGAACAAAACAAGGUUGGCCUAACGUGAGCGAAUCGCAAUUAGAAUGGAUUACUGUAACUAUGCCACCAGCUGAAUCUAAUCAAUUUAUUAUCAAAAAUGUUGUGGAUGUACAAGUAUUAAUAAUAAAUGCUUCAAUUGUAAAGAUGAAAUGGAAAAUAAAUGUUAGGGAAAAUAACAUAAUUGAAACGGAAUUUGAUCUUUGGCAAAUUUAUUGUGAGAAUCAAAGUGGACAUAAAUUAGCAACUAUUUUUUUACCACAAAAUGUUACAGAAUAUGUAUUUACUAAUCUUGAUGUAAAUGUUUCUUAUACAAUGGGCUUAUGUAUGAUAAGUUCUGGUGAAACAACAGGCUGUUUAACAAAACAAAUACAUACUAUUCAACUUGAUACAAAUAAUGUACCAAUGGCCUUGGAAGCAAUUCCUGUUUCACCUACUUCCAUAAAUGUUACAUGGUCCUUAAAUGGUGUGCAUGAAGUGAACUCUUUUGAAUUAUGUUAUCAUGCAAUUCAUGUCGCAAAUUCAGACGGUCCUAAAUGUUUUAUAUUGAAUGAUACAAAAGCAAAUAUUGACAAACUCAGACCAUUUACGUUAUAUCAGUUUAAAGUAAGGGCCAUUCAAAAUAAUACAAACCAAAGCAAUUUUUAUAGCGAAUCUGUAGAAUGUUAUACGAAUGAAGAUAUCCCUGGCAAAGUAGAAGAAGUACAAUGGUUUUUAGUAAAUAAUACAAAAGUCCGAAUUGCAUGGAAGGAACCGAGUAAUAUAAAUGGUAUAAUACAGAACUAUUUCGUUAUAUAUACAAUGGACUUAACGGAUUCAGCCACAGCAUGGAGAAAUGUAACAGUACUUGGUAAUAAAACAUCGACAACUUUACCUGGUCUAACUCCAGGAAAACGGUAUUUUGUCAUGGUUCAAGCUAUGACAAAGGCCGGUUAUGGUAAACCGUCAGAUCCUAUAAUCAUUAUUACUGGCGGUUCAUCAAAGGUACCAAGUCCUCCAGAUGAACAAAAACCACCACAAAAUACAGAACUCGAUCAGAGUCUUGGUGUAAUUCUUGGUGUAAGCAUAAGUAUUGGAUUUAUUACAAUUUGCCUGUGCAGUAUAUAUUGUCGAAAAAAAUGUGAGAAUGCUCGUAUUUUGAGAGAAAGUGCGCAAUCUACAAAAGGUCGUGCUUCGGUACGAAAUGGAAAUAGAUGUUGCGCGGAUCAGUCUUCUACAUCAGUGAGUCAACAGAUGAAUACCAGAAUAACACCUAAUGAAAUUGAACUUGCUGUUCUUUGUCCCACAUCUCCAAUCACAACUAACCCACAUUUAGACACGAAAGGUGGCAAAUCUAAUGGAAUUCUUGAAUCUUGUGUAAAAGAGCCUUUAUUACCAUCAUGGGAAAUAAAUGGUGAACCGAAAGAUAUUCAUAUAACAAAAAAUUCUCAGUACAAAACAAUGGACAGUGUUGUCUUAAGUACACAAAAACAAGAACAAGAGCCAGAACAAGAUUUAGAUGGCACACAGCUUACGGUGGUCAAUUGUACUUUAGGCAGUAGCAAUAGCAGUUUAAAUAAUAAUUCUGGUUGUCCAGAUGGAGAUACGUCCUUACCAAAACCUAUAUGUAUAUCUGUUCCGGCGCUUGGACCAAAUGGAUGAAACCAUUAGGCAAUAUAUUUGCGUGUUCACAUUUUCUUCCUAUGCUUCCAUGCAACAGGUAGGAUGUAAAACUUUUCGUGCAACUUGAAUCAUUUGAUUGCAAGAUGAAUAUACACACAAAAGUACAUACAUACGUAUGUAUGAAUUACAAGAACAGAAUUCUCAAGGAAGUUAGAAGCAAUGCAAGUUACUAUAUUUUACAAGUUUAACAUGACAUAACUUGUGAAUAAAAAUACUAACGCAUACAUGAUUAAUGUAAAUAAUAAUGUUUUGAAAGUGCGUUGAAUCUGGACACUUCAACUAUUAUCUUGUAUAUAAUGUUUGAAAGCAAGUUAUUAUUGAUAACACAGUAUUUCUGCAUUAGCAGUUCGGCAAGGAAUCUAGUAAUUUUUAGAUUUCAUUUUGUAUGAAAUAAUACCGUGGCACAGAUAUAUCAUGCAAAUGAUACUUAAUAAUAUUCAUUAGGUAACUUGCUCAUAUGUAUAUUGACAUCUAUUAAAAAAAGAAAAGUAUGAAAAUGAAAAAUAAGCAAGUGGGAUGAUAUGAAAAUUCUUGAUGUGCACCUGGGUGUUUGUUAAUUAUGAGUAUGUUCAUAAAAUAUCAUAUUUCGAAUAAUAGUGAAAAAGUAAAUAAUGCAUUCCUUCACACUAGAAGACAAAAUUGUUAAAUAUCCAAAUUACGGGUAUGGCCUAAUUUAUUUCAUGAUAUAUAUUGCUUUUAUAGAGAGCAAUAGUACUGAUCAUUCCAAAAUCUUAUGUUUUCCAUUAACUAAAUCUAAAUUAGCAAGAGAUGAUUCUUAGGUUCUAAGAAAUUAAAAAGAAGUACUAUAUAAUCAGAUUUUAUGUAUUAAAAGUAUAGUCUAGGUUUUUCUUUUAUUACAAAUACUGUAAGUAUACAUAUAGCAUCGCAAAUCUUGGCAAAUAUUUAUUUUAUUGAAAAAUAAGACGUUGACAAACAUUUUUAAAAAAUGUAUCUGAAAUGUCCAUAUUAUAUAAUUUAGCAGAAUCUUUUUUAUACUGCAAGUUUGAUAACUGUAUUAUACACUAUUGAGACAUUUGAGAACAGGAAAAAAUAAUAAUGAAAUUUGUAAAAAUAGCAUUAAAAUUUUGUAAUAUAAAAAAAAUCUACAAAAAGAAUCGAAACAAUUUUAAAUCAUAAUAUUAAUUUAAUCACUAGAAAUGUAUAAUAUAAUAUAUGUAUUUUUUCCUGUUCAUAUGAUAAAAAUAAACCUUAUGUUGUACAAGAUAUUUAAAGUUAACUACAUCAUACAAAAGCAAAAAGUGAAAAAUGCGAAAGAAAAUUAUAAACAUAUUCCAGACUGGUGCAUGUUACCAUGACAGAAAAACCCAACACAGUACCUGAUAGAAUAAGCUAUAUCUUUUAGAGUGAGACGUAGAUAUGUCAUGUUAUUAUUGUACCUCCAUUAAUUGUUAUUUAUUACAUUUUACAUUCAGUACUAUUUUAAAUGAUCACAUUACACUGAAUUUAUGCAAUAAUAUAGUCACUACAAGCACAGUAUGAAAUCAUGUAAAAAUAGAAUUAAUUCAAUCUGCACAUGCUAGAGAUUUUACCAUAUAUUUAUUACACAGAGUUUUACAUCUUUGUACGAGAUAAUUUGUUAAACAUAUAAUUUAAAGUCAUUUUUGAAAAAAUUAUUCUGCCUUGUGUUGAAAUGAUGUUGCUAUUAAUAGAGAUUUUUUAUAUUGUAUAUUCUAUAACUAAACAUUUUUGAAUAUAACUCAUGAUUUACCUAUUUUUAUGAAAACUCAGUACUAGUGGAUUACUGAAAAAUUUCACAAGAUCUGAUUGCAGUUUUAUGAAAAUAAGUAACUUCAUUUAAACACUAUUUAUGAAAUUCGUUACAUAUUCUACGAUCACGAUUAUUAGAAUCUCAAUUAAAGAUAAACUAUCAUAGCUAUUUACUGACUUGACAGUUCUACAACAAAUUAUGUUUGUUAUGAAACAUAAACAUUUCACAGAUAGAAUGCCUGUUUUGUGAUUUUUAUUUAAAUGAUUUGUUUUCCAUUUGUUAUCAUAUUUAACACGACCUGUUACAUUUUAUGUUACUGACAUAUAGUGGUAUACUUUUAUAUUUGUUGAAGGUAUUUGUUACUCUUCUUAGAGUUAAAUAAGAAACAAGAAUUGAUAUAUAAUAGUAGGCAACUAGUAACUGAUCGCUCAUGAAUUCAUUUUUCUUUUUGCAUUAAAAUUCUUAAAAUAUUUUUAAAUAUUUUUUGCACUGUAUGUAUAUGUUAAUUAUUAAGCUUGUACAAUUUUCUAACAUUAAUGGAAUUUAAAAAAAAGAACAAAAAAAUAGUUGUAAAGAAAAAGGUAUUAUUUUUAAGGGAAGAAAAGAUAGAUCAAAAGCAUUAAUAAAGAAAAAGAGAUAUAAUAAUUAAUAUGGCGACAAAAUAUUCCGUGGCAAAUAUUACGCAUUUGUCAUUUUAAAAAAUGUUUUGAUUUUAUUGUAUACAAAUCUUAACUAAUGUUUGUAGAAUUAAAUUGUAUUUUGAUCAUUUUACUUUUUAGCAGCAUAAUGUACUGUAUUUGUUAAGCGCGAUAUUGUUUUGUCUGCUAUGAACGUAAUUUUAAUAUAAAAAAUCAUUUAUUUGCGUUAAUUUGUACCUUAUAUAAAAAGUUUUCAAUUUAUAAGACAACAUUCGUAAAUUUGAAAUGGAUUGAAACGUAUGGAGUUGAAUUGGUAUCAUAAUAUCUUUGAUUAAUUGAGUGAAUGUGAUAAGUUUCAAGCUUUGUAAAAAAAAAAAAAAAAAAGAGAAAGCAAAAAAUAGAGUCGCCGUGCUGUUAUCUGAGCGUUUUAUUUGCUUCAAAAGAUUGAUUACACAGUAUUGAAAUACAAAGCAAUAAACAUUGUUAUCUUUAGGCUACAAAUAGGAAACAGCAAGUAUUGUAAAUGUUAUAUUUAGAGUAUAACGAUUUAUAUGAAAGAAAAAUAUUAGAAUUGAGGCUAUUUUGAUUACAAUGUAAAAAAAAAGUAUUUGUUUAUCUUAUAAAUUAUUAUAUACAUUGAUUUAGAAAUAUCAUAAUCUAUUACUUUACUGCAUUACGCUAAGCAAUGUUUCGGAUAUGCAUAAGGUAUUAUUCAUACUACUUUUGUCAUUUAUGCAUCAAAUUUAAUUUUCUAUUAUAUCAUUCGAACUUGUACCUUUACUAAAUGAUAAGGAGCAUAGUACAUAUUAUUUCAUUUCACUUGCAAUAGUUCUUUCACAAAGUAACAAUCCAAUAGUAUUGGCCAUACACAGACAAAGUAUUAAUUAUGUUGUACGGCGACUCUAGUCAAGUAAAUAUACCUCCAUAAUUGCCACCCUAUACAAGGGGUAGGUAUGUUAUAUUACUUAAUUUUAACUUAAUCUCAGUACCUAUUACACAGCACUAUAAUUUAGAUUUACACGAUUUACCUCAAAAAAUUUAUUACAGUGAGUAGAUAUAGCCAAGACAUUAUAUUUUAUUUUAUAUAAGAUAUAUAUGAAAAAGCAAACCCGGUAAAAGAAAUUUGAUGUUUGUAUCAUUGCCGUUAAUUAUAGCACUUAUUCUAUAUCGAGAAAACUUUAUUAAUUUAUUUUUUCAUAAAUCCUUAUCAUUUUUUUACUGGAACAUACACGAUUAAUGUAUUGCUAUAAUUAUGCUGUUUUUUAGGGUGCAGUUACUUUGUAAAUAUUUUUAUCUACGAUUGUAUAUAUAUUAAAAAAUAUUAAAAGUAUAUAUUUUAAUAUAUUAUGUAUAAUGAACUACAUCAAAUUAUAAUCUUAUUGUUUAAAGUAUUAAAACGAUACACUAAAUAUUUAAUGAUAUUGUUGACCCUUCUGAUGCAGUAUCUUGUUGUAACCAAUGAUUGAAAUAAAAUUAAAACAGUGUAUCGA